GGAGAAAGCUCCCCCUUCAACGGCCACAAAAUGGCCUCCCUCGCCUUCCCUCCUUCCCUGCACCACCGCCACCUCCACCUCCACCGCCGCGUCCGCCGCCGCCUCGCUUCGCUCCCUCCGUGCAGGCCGCCCUCCGUGACCCUCGAUUCCUCCAAGCACCGCCACCCCACUCCCGCUUUCGCCGCCGCCCUCCGGAGCGACACCCACCCCUUCUUGCUCGCCAAGCUCCCCGCCGUGGCGGGCGGCGACCCUCCGGCGAAGGCCGCGGGCGGUUUCGGCUUCGGAACCAGGGAGAGGGCCGGCGGCUCGCCGGCCCGGCCUCCGAGGCCCGGCGACGAGAACGCGCGGAAGGAGUCGCUGAAGGACCUCGUGAGCUCGAUCAUAAGGGAGCGGUCCGGAAGGAGGGCCGGCGAUGGCGGCGGCGGCGAGAGCGCGAGGGGGCCGCCCAAAGGUGAGGCUGCGAGGAGGGAUCCGAGUUCGAGGCGGAGGGGCGGUGUUGGAGUCGGGAAUCGCGAUUUGCGUCCUGAAAAAGAGUGUGCGGCGGUGAACUUUGCGGAUGGUGAUGGUGGGAGUUCGGGAGGUAAAGUAGGGAAGCAGAAAAUUAGCGGGAAUGUCGGCGGUAGUGAGACGGAGGCGGCUAGGGAGAGUAGAAAGUCUAGGAAAAGUAAGGUCGAGUCGCCUGAAGUUUGGUUGAAAGUCGCGCUGGAUAUGUGUUCAAAAAGUGGGGAUUUUUUGGGGGCGGUCCAAUUGUAUGAUUCGGCUCGUAAGGAAGGGAUUCAAUUGGGGCAGUAUCAUUAUGCCGUGCUGUUGUAUCUCUGUGCUUCUGCGGCUGUUGGUGUUGUUCAGCCUGCUAAAAGCGGAAGUGGUAUGAAGACCUUGAAUAGCUCGGACUUGUCGAAUGAAGAUGUCGCUGCGAAUUGCGUCAAGUUUGGUGAGGAGGAUGAAGUCGUGCCAAAUGACCUUCGGUCAAUUGGUGCCCGUAGCAUCGAGGGAAAUGAUGGCAUAAUGGAUUUAAGUUCAAGUCGCACGUAUGGCAAUGUUGGGUAUACCGACGAAAUUAAGAGCAUCAGGCAGAGCUUUAAUGGGUCUCCAAAACCCAAAGCUCAUGUUUCAGAUAGGCUGAAUGAUGUAGGAAGAACUGAAGGUGAUUCCUCUGGUAUUGAAAAUGAGGCUAUAGACCAAGGAGAUCAAGUUGUUAUAGUAGACGGAAAUGUCAAGAAGUAUGCGGUUGAAAAGGGAUUUGAAAUCUACAGGGAGAUGUGCUCGGAUAAAGUCCCAAUGAAUGAAGCCACUUUGACAUCUGUGGCCAGAAUGGCAAUGUCAAUAGGUGAUGGAGACUUGGCGUUUGACCUGGUGAAGCAAAUGAAGCCUUUGGGGAUAAAUCCUCGGUUGCGGUCCUAUGGUCCUGCUUUAUCAACUUUCUGCGAUAGUGGAGACAUUGAGAAAGCAUUUGAAGUUGAAAAACAUAUGCUGAAGAAUGGUGUCUAUCUGGAGGAGCCUGAACUGCAAGCACUACUAAGAGUAAGCAUAGCAGUUGGAAAAGGGGACAAGGUGUAUUAUUUGUUGCACAAACUCAGAACAAGUGUAAGGAAGGUCUCUCCAUCUACUGCAGAUCUAAUCGAGGACUGGUUCAAAGGCAGGAUAGCUUCAAGACUAGGGAAAAGGAAAUGGGAUCAAAGAGAUAUAAGAGAAGCAAUAAAAAAUCGUGGUGGAGGCUGGCAUGGGAAAGGUUGGUUGGGCAGAGGCAAGUGGAGUGUAUCACGUGCAUCUGUUGGUUCUGAUGGCUCAUGCAAAUGCUGUGGUGAAAAAUUGACCACAAUUGAUCUUGAUUCUCGGGAAGCAGAAAAAUUCGCCGAGUCAGUUGCAGCCUUGGCUCUAAAGAGAGAAAAAAACUCGAGCUUUCAGAAAUUUCAAAAAUGGCUUGAUUAUAAUGGACCAUUUGAAGCAGUAAUUGACGGAGCUAAUGUUGGCCUUUUUAGUCAGCAAAGAUUCUUACCAGCAAAGGUUAAGGCAAUUGUUAAUGGGAUACGUCAGAAGCUUCCUUCAAGAAGAUGGCCUCUCAUUGUUUUACACAAUAGACAUAUUACAGGAAACAAGAUGGAAGUACCAGUGAACAGGGCAAUCAUUGACAAGUGGAGAAAUAAGGAUGCACUCUAUUUAACGCCUACUGGAUCCAAUGAUGACUGGUAUUGGUUGUAUGCAGCUAUCAAAUUUAAGUGCUUAAUCGUGACCAAUGAUGAAAUGAGGGACCAUACAUUUCAACUUCUAGGAAAUGACUUCUUUCCCAAAUGGAAAGAAAGGCAUCAGGUACAUUUCAGCUUUUCUGAUGCUGGUCCGGAGUUUCACAUGCCUCCUCCAUGCUCCGUAGUAAUCCAGGAGUCCGAGAAUGGCCACUGGCAUAUACCCAUUAUGCUGGAACAUGAGUACGAAGCAGAUAGAACGUGGUUAUGUGUGACGCGUGCUGCCUCUGGAUCAGCAACCAGACCUGAAGAUCUGCAAUUACAUCAACAGAGCGAGCAACAUGUGAUGGAAGACAGAGACCCACAAGAUGGAGUUGAUUCCUUUUCAGAAACGCUUCAACCUAACCAUGAUGACAUUAGAAAAUCACCUCCUGAUACACACCAAAAUCUCAUAAGCAUAUUUGCGGCGUCUGUAUCAUCAUAUGAUGGCACCCUCCUGUCCCAACUUGACACUGCAGAGAGGUGUGGUGAUUGUAUUAUUGAUUUCCAAAUAUAGAUUCGUUGAUAAUCAGUUCACAUCUUUUUGUUAUCUUCUCACCUAGAUCAAAGAACUUGGAAUGCCUAUGUAUAGACAUGAGGCCCGGUUGAUUUUCUAAGGUGUAGAGAGCCCUUCGUUGGCGGAAAAGCUUAGUUCACAAUGAAUAUAAAUGUAUUUUACCAAGCAUUAUAACAUUGGAAUAGGUGCAUUCUCUUGCCUAAUAUGAUUCAGGAAAAAUUAUUCCUGCUUCCUUUUC